AUGUCGGCACCCUCGAGCGGCCCUUCAACACACAGGAACGACCUCGACGAAGAACUAGACGCUCUGUAUGAAUCUGUCUUACAUGGAUACACCAUCCCUCCAGCUCCUCGACCACCGCCGGUGCGGGGAAGCAGCAGCGGUUCUGGUCGAGCGCCCCGGCCGUUACCACCAACGCCGGGAGGGUUAGUAGGGCGGCCCCCAAUACCACCUCCAGCUGGGACACCCCUCCAACGCAUACCCUCUUUACCUGUCAGUCGUCCAGGGAGCUCGUUAUCACGGCAUCCGCCGGGUAACCACCAACCAGAACCAAUGCAUUCGAGAAGCGCAUCGCCCAACAGAACGCCUCAGCGACCAGCACUGGAAAUUGACACUGUCGGACCUGUGGACCAGGAGACGCCAGCCAGUGUCGCGGAUAGCACCAAUGCGCAGCGUUGGUCGGAAGUGCCUUCCUCGCCCAACGAAUACCUCGACCCCGACGUGUUACCGGUGCCAGAAUAUAUACCCAACAUUAAGGAUGAUCCCGCUGCUACCAGAGCUGUAUACCCGGAAGAGCAGGAUUCAUAUCAUACUCUAUAUCAAUCCAACACUAGCGUCCAACCCUCCAACUACGACAGGCCGUACGGAUCUGAAGACGAUCAAUCAUACUACAGCAAUCCACCGCUUUCAUAUGAAAACGAAGAACGACCGCCUUAUGAACCGGAUCCGUCGUAUCCUGACAACCCAUACCCAAGCCAGGACCCCCAACCACCAGAGCCACGACCCGUCUACCAUUCUGAUGCACUGCAUCUGGACUCCGUCUACCAGGGCUACUUGGACCCCUCACAAUCCAGGCUGACGUUGAAUGACCGUGAAUCAGAAGUAGGGACAGUGAUGAGCGACUACUCCAUGCUGCGACCCCCACCAGCGCGUUCUUCAGCUGGAUCAGACUCGUCCUACACUGGGCUUCCCUACCUCAACGACAACGCGGGACCGUCAACUAUCUCUAAUGCCGCCAGUUCCUCUUGGAACGGAGUUACUGUUCACGCUCGAAGAUCACCGCAAGACGACGAGUAUCCAGUUGCCGGUCCAAGCAACAUCUCACACCGCGUAACACAGGACCUCAUCGCGAUGCGUAAUUUUGAUCCCAGAGCCCUGCUUGACGAUUCGCCCAACCACUAUGAGGAGUACGGCGACGAUGACAACUUCGACGACCCGACCAUGUUCAUCAACCUUGCUCUGCUGUCCCAUAUUGCUGUUCAGCUGCAGCUCAAGGUACCCCGAGGAACCCAUGUGAAGGGGAGUAUCCCUUACCCCCGGGCCUUCACUGGUAAAGACAUCGUGACGACGAUUCACUCUAUUCUUGAGAAUAAGCUGACGCGAGAUCACGGGUGUGCAAAAAACGACAGGCGAGUUGCGUUGCAAGUGGCACGCAGUUUGCAACGGCAGUUGUUCUUUGUGGAGGUGGAAUGGGGGUCGCGUAUUCUGCAGGAUGGUGUAGAGGAUGUGUACAGUUUCUUGGACGAUCCGGAGACGCCCACACUGCCUGAGAGGGCAGAGCUCCCUUCCGGUGUUGUUACGAUGCUUACUGGAUGUUAUUCCGUCACUUGCGGGGAAGGGGGUCCAUGUUAUUCGGGGUCAUGUCCGUCAAAGGGAAUGAGUAAAUUCCUUCCCAAGACACUGGAGACACCACCCGACCCGGUCAAAGAAGACUGGACAAAGGGUGUUCCACCCCAGGUAUUACGAGACUUGCCUGAAUACGAGAUCAAUCGUCAAACGAUCAUCCAUAAACUCAUCAGCAAGGAGGAGCAAUAUGUCAAGGACCUGGACAUCGUCGACAGCGUAUUCAUUCAGCCAUUACGAAAGUCCCCUGUUAUCCCGCUAUACAUGGUGGAUGAAUUCAUUGACGAAGUAUUCGGAAACAUCCUGGAGAUUCGAGAUUGUAAUCGAAGGUUGUUGGAGGUGAUGUAUGUGCGGCAGCGAGAACAAGCGCCCAUUAUCAACACCAUUGGCGAUAUCUUCCUCGACAGCGCGACGCAGUUCCGGAAGUUGUACCCUCUUUAUAUUGGGAGACAGUUCUUGUCGGAAAUGCGACUACGGGAAGAGUUGGACAACAAUGGCGAGUUUCGGGUGUUCAUCGAAAAUUGCCAACGUCAGCUCACUGGGAUGCGCUCUGGAGGCGAACAUGGACUCGACUUGUGGCAUUAUCUCAACCGACCUACGGAGCAUCUGCAGAAGUAUCCCGUCCUGCUUCAAGCGGUGUACAACGAAACUGCUAGGGACAAUCCUGAUGGUGACUUCCUAUUGGAGUCGAUCUCUGCGAUCAAGAACCUUCAAAAUGUUGCUCAGCUUCGGACGUUCCAGUCCGCUAUGGGGAAGGGUACACCGGGUAAAUGGGAGUGGCAUGAUCUUCUGACGCCCAACAUGAGGAAGACGUUCACGAAGGAGGAAAGUCAGAGGCAGAGUCUGAUAUUCGAGGUGAUCAAGACAGAGAUGGUGUACGUUCGUGAUCUUGAAACUCUCGAAAAUCUGUAUCGCCAACCCCUUCAGAACGCCGAUCCCCCCAUUAUCCCGCACGAACGCCUGGAGCAAUUUUGCACAGACGUUUUCCACAACAUCCAGGAGAUUUAUGUCCACCACAAGCGACUCGUCGACAAGCUGCACGAGAUACAGCUGGAGGAGCAUCCACGUAUCAACAGCAUUACUGCAGCCUUGUUCGAUGCUGCUCUGAAUUUCCGCGAAGCGUAUAUGGAGUAUAUCCCCAAUUACCCCAUCGCCGAGUAUAGGAUUGAUGACGAAUUGGAACACAACCCAGCGUUCAAAGCAUUCGUUGAGAAAGCCAGCAGGCGCCCCGAAUCUCGCAAGCUGGAUCUGAAGUACUUCAUCAAUCGUCCAAUCCCGCGCGUCCUUCGUUAUGGGCUGCUUUUGAAAGAGAUUCUGAGCCAGACACCGAUCACUCAUGAGGACCGGUCUGACAUUCCCGAAAUCGUAGAGCUGAUUGGGUCUUUGGCCAGAGAGUCUCAACCGGGUGUUGAUUCGGCCAAACAGAAGGUUGAGGUGUGGAGGUAUAACUCGCAGUUGGUGUAUCGAGUUGGGGAGGCUGUUGAUAUGGAUUUGCUGAACGAACAUCGGUCAUUGGUUCAUACAGGAAAGCUAAUGAUUACCGAGGACAGCCACUUUGUGGAGGUGUUUGUUAUGCUCUUCGAUAACUAUCUGGUCUGGACAAAAGUAAAAGAGAAGGACGGCAUCACCAAGUACCACGUCGUACGCAAACCUAUCCCCCUCGACCUCCUCCACCCGGUCAGCUUCAACGACCCACCCAUCAUCCGAAAUCCCAGCCGGUUUCGUUCCAGUAGUUCCAACGGUCGCGUCGACACUCCCGACUCGAUGCGGAACAACGUCUAUCCCUUUACUCUCCAUCAAACUGGCCGACAAGGUACCGCAAACACCAACAUUAGUUUCUUGGCGGAGUCACCGCAGGUGCGAGCGGAUUGGAAGGCGAAACUUGAGGAGGCUUUGGGACUGAGGAAGGCUGUUGCGGAUGCGAAUAAGGUGUUUGAGAUUGAGACGUUGAGCAAUGAGACGUUCUUGGUGCCUCCGAUUAAUCUGGGACCCUCGGCGCCAACUACGUAUGACGGUGUGCUCUUUACUGGACGAGUGACCUGUUCCGUCCCUUUCAAAACUGCCGGUAAUCGUGGACUGGUUGCGGUUGGGUGUGCUGAAGGCGUUUGGAUUGGCUUCCGACAGGACCCCCGAUCUCUGCGCCGCGUGCUUCAUGUUCGUAACGUUGUACAAUGUGCCAUCCUAGAGGACUUUGGUCUCUUCCUCGUUCUGGCCGACAAGAACCUGUUCGCAUAUCACAUCGAAGCGCUGGUGCCUAACCCAUUGAAUCCUCAACCAUACACCUCCCAGACUCCCCACAAGAUCAACACUGGUUCCAAGGAGGUCCAAUUCUUCAGCGUUGGGAUGCAACAUGGAAGGACGCUGGUGAUUUACAUGAACAAGCGAGGGGCUGACAGCGUUUUCCAUGUUGUGGAACCCGUGAUUGACAAAAUCACUGAACGACCAAAGGCUGCCAGUACAAGUCUCCUUCCCAUCUUCCCGAAGAAGAACAAGUCGGACUGGUUCCGCACCUAUCGCGACUUCAUCCUCCCAGGAGAAUCCUAUGAUAUGAUUUUCUUGAAGGCGAAGGUUGCAGUCCUAUGUGCGAAGGGCUUUGAGAUCGUGGACCUGACAGAUUUCAAGACCGUGACUAUCCCUCAAAAAGAUAAUCCCGCUCUUGGGCCAGCAGCUAAACGAUGCGAAAGCUGUAGGCCUAUGGGUAUGUUCCGGUCCUCGGAAGACGAGUUCCUGUUGUGUUACAACGAGUUUGGCAUCUACGUCGACAAGCACGGUGCACCUAGCCGGUCAUCUGGGGCCAUUGAAUGGGAGGGCACCGCGGAACGAGUAGCCCUUCAUGCGCCGUACAUUCUCAUUUUCGACACCCGCUUUAUCGAAAUCAGACAUAUCGAUACCUGUCGGCUCGCACAAAUCAUCCCCGGCAACGACCUCCGCUGUAUCUGGGACGGCCGUGGCAUUGACAUUAGCCAUGCUGCAGUGCCGGCAGAUGCAGCCGACGAGACGUUUGUUCAAGAACCACGAGUACACGCUGUCAUGAGCCAGACGUCUUCUCAGCCGGGUGGCAGAGGAAUUCGAGGGAUUUCUCAGCACGUUUUCCAACUGGUCCCCACCAUCCCGUUGUAUCUUCCUGGAUCUUUAACUUCCCCGUCCCAUAUCGCCUAUUAUCCCCAGUCCAACUCCCCACCCCGCUCGCCGCCUACACGUGCUGCAUCUUUCAGGCAUUAA